AUGGAUGAACCAGGUUCGACUCCCGAUUCUGAAGCUGCCUCCCCUGGAAGGACAUCGUCUCAAGACGUUAUUCGUGCCAACGACACUCGAGUUGCACAAGCUCUUGCCCAGGAAAGAUCUGCCUAUGAGUCACUGAGAAGAGUGACUGCUCGUUCUGAAGAAGAGAUUGCAGAAGAUGCUCGUCGAGAAAUCAGCAUGGCCGCAUAUUCCCAGAACCUACGAGAUCGCGCGCAGCAAGCCCGAGAUCGAAAUGUUAUCUCCAAGGCAAUUUCCGAGGAAAAACGUGCGCAAAACAGACUUCUCCGGCCAGAACGUGAACGCCUGCGGGAAGCCUGUGUUGUCCAGCGCCGUCUCCAUGAAGAAAUACGUCCCCAAGGACAAAUCACACAGGAUCCACACAAUCAAUCAUCAUAUCUCCAGGGGCAGGCAGAACUUCAUUCGGCAGAAUAUGAGCAGACAGUUGACCAUAUAGUUACCUCGACAGUCACUAAUCAAGGCAACAUUGCUGGACAAAUCACUGACACUCGACAACAGGUGAUCGAUUAUCUUGCAAAAAAAGGCUACAGCCGUACUGAGGCUAUGCUUCGUAUGGAAUCUUCCAAUCAAGAGAUGGACGGUCGACCUCUUCCCCCUCUCGCAGAGGAUGCACGCCCCAAGUUCAAGCAAGGAUUUGGUCUCCUCAAGGCAUGGGUUGAAGAGAACUUGGAUCUUUACAAGCCGGAGCUUCGCCGUGUUCUAUGGCCACUGUUUGUCUAUUCGUAUCUUAACAUGAUCACCUCAUUCUACCCACAGGUGGCCGCCGAAUUCUUUGAAACUCACAAGAGCAUGUUUCUUCCUGAGCACAGUGAUGAUAUUCGUAUAUUUCAGCCGAUUUCUCUCCCCGAACACGUGCAGGAAAAUCACUUGUCGAAGCUGUAUCGCUCAAAUAAAUAUCGGAUCACUCUCAGCGCACCCGCAUACGCCAAUCUUGUGCAGUUCCUUGAAAGCAAGGAAAAAGAAGGAGCGUCUCUUAUGCUGGCGAUUCUGAGCAGCUACUGCUCGGUAAAGACCGUAGAGCGUGCCGCUGAUGACCGAUUCAGCUUUGCAGCGAUGCUUGGUCAGAAUGACCCUAGCCAGGUACUCCCUACAGAAGAUGACGGUAUUCCCGGCCACCACCCCGGCUCGGCUUAUACUGGUGAUAACCCAGCCAUGGCGGGCACCUUGACCCGACUCAAGCUUGGAAAGUUGCCAAUGGAACCGGAGAUGGAGGAGGAUGUGCGUGAGGAGCUCACAGAAGAGGAUCUCAAGGUCCCUCCUCUUCCUGGUCGUAACUCUCUCAUCGAGCAGUUUGAUCAAAUGAUCAAGAAGGAGGACGAUGAUGAGGCUCCCACACGUGCGGAAAUUCCUUUCCCUCCCUCGACUGCACGUGAUAUCGCCAUCGAAGUAAUCAAAGUCAAAGAGACCCGUGAUCGGUACAAGAUGGAUACUCGUACUGGAGGUGUGGCCCCCGGUGCCAGUGUGUGCAUGUUUACCUUCCACAAUACCUUCGACAGCAUCAACUGUGUUGAUUUCUCUGACGACAACGAACUGGUGGCUUGCGGAUUCGCUCAAUCGUACAUUCGGGUUUGGACUAUUGAUGGCAAACCCAUCGAGCCAGCCUAUCCUGAAAUCGAUGAUUUGCCUCCAACUAAUUCUCGACGUCUCAUUGGCCAUUCUGGCCCUGUUUAUGCGGUCUGCUUUCAACCUUCCGGUACUCGACCGGAGACUGAUAGAGAAGAUAUUGUGCCGACGAAUGCACGUUUCCUUCUCUCAUCGUCUGAUGAUAAGAGUAUUCGCCUCUGGUCUCUUGAUAGCUGGGCAUGUCUCGUCGUCUACAAAGGCCAUGAUCGCGUUGUGUGGGAUUUGAGCUGGGGACCUUUUGGUCACUACUUUGUUUCAGGUGGAGGUGACCGCUGUGCCCGUCUCUGGGUCAGCGACAAGAUCGUUCAGCAGCGCAUUUUUGUUGGCCAUGAUCAGGAUGUGGAGCUGGUCCGUUUCCAUCCCAACUCUGCCUAUAUUUUCACCGCUGCUAGCGAUAAGACCGUUCGCAUGUGGGCUGUCACCACUGGAAAUGCCGUGCGUAUGUUCACAGGUCACACUGGUUACAUCACAGCAAUGGAAUGCAGCAACAACGGAAAAAUCCUGGCGACUGCAGAUGAUCAGGGUACAAUUAUCUUGUGGGACCUUGCGCCGGGUCGACUGCUGAAGCGUAUGCGUGGCCACGGAAAGGGCGGUAUCUGGUCCCUCAGCUUCAACGUUGAGUCGAAUCUCUUGGUUUCUGGUGGAGCUGAUGGUACUGUCCGCGUCUGGGAUGUUACUGGCCCUGCAGAUGGUACCCAAGGACGCGUGUUGGAGCCGAAUGGUGGGGCUCCUAUGGAUGCUGGCAAUGCCACUGCUGGUGCUACCGGUCAGGGCAAAAAGAAGAAAAAGAAGGGCAAAGAUGUUGUCGUUAGCGCUGAUCAGAUCAGUGCCUUCCCGACCAAGAAGACCCCUGUCUACAAGGUGAAGUUCACUCGUAUGAACCUGGUCGUUGCGGCUGGAGCAUUUUGCCCCCAAAUGGGACAAUAA